GUUUGCUCGAGUCGGCGGACAUGGCCGACAACGCAGUGGACGAAGCGGCAACAUGCAUUCAAAAGUUGUUUCGACAGCGGGCGGCAAAGAAGCGCAUGGUGCAACUCGCCAGCUCCGUGUAUCGAAAGUGCUAUGACUCGAACACGGGGCUGGCCUAUUACUGCAACCUCAAAACUGGUGAAACAGCGUGGGAUCGGCCCAAGAUCUUUGGCAGUGACGAUGCACCGGACUACGACGCCAACCCGACCGUUGUCGGUGAUGCCGUGGUAGCCGACGACAAGCAGAUUGCGGACAGCGGUGGUGUCAUGGCAGACAGUACAGUCGACGAAGCGAUUUCGACCGAAGGGAGUACACUCCAGGUGGAUACCGAAGCGGAAGCAAAGAUCGAACUGGCCAAGCUCGAAGGUCUCGAGUUGGUACAGCGCCAGGCUCAGGUCAAGGCCGAUUUGGAGCGCCAAAAUCGGAAGCAAGUCCAUCGAGGACGAAAGAAUUGGGAAAAGCGCAUGAGGCUCGAGCAGCAGGCGCAUCGCGCAGCUCGCUUGCAACAGAUCGCGGGGGCCAACAAGCAAGCCAUUCAGGAUCUUUUGGAUGGGAAAUCGAAACCAGAGCUCGAGUCGAUUCGGGAAGCAUGCAUGCGAGGUCACCUCGAUCGAGUCGCGUCGCUACUUGACGAAGGAUGGAGUCCCAAUGCAGAAAGCGCCAUGGGCCUUACGCCACUGCUGGCGGCAUGCCUCGGUGGUCAUGUCCACGUGGUGCAAUUGCUCUUGCGUCGACACGCUGAUGUCAACCACAGACAUAUUGUCACGCAGCGCACUGCGUAUAUGGAAGCGUGCCAGCGCCCAAACGUUCCUGUUGUGCGAGAGCUGCUGCGGCAUGGUGCUCGGAUUCACUGGACAGACAAGCAAGGACGAGUCGCAAGAGACGGUAUCACACACAAGAAGGUGAUGGCAUUGCACGAGGCCGCGUGUGGGGUGUGGAGCCCCCAUGCAGCGAGUGUCUUCCCCAACAAUUUCCGCGCCGCGACGGUCACGCUGGCGUUCGUCGCCAAAUGCCAACGCGUAGCCAGCGCCGGUGCCAAGGCCCGCGCGUUGAAGGCAGCUGCCGCGACGCGCGUCGACCUGCAGAAAAAUCUCAUCCAGGCCAAAGUCCAAUAUGACCAUGACAUGAAAGAAAGCCAAAUGCAAUUCAGCCAAGCGAAGCGGCGGGACUUGACAACCGCCGCCGAUGAACGGUAUGACAGCACCCGCGCCAGCAUCUUGCAAGCAGCCGAAGCCGCGUCGGUGGCGCUGCACCGAGAUUGCCAGCCCCGAUGGCUCGAGGAAGCCAACGUCGUGACGAUCUUGGCGUUUUGUUCUCGUCACUGGUUCGAUGAGAAGGCGACGAGUCGUUCUGUGCCCCACGACGCAAACGGCAACGCAUCGAUCGAUCGCCAUGUUGUCCCCACGAAGCGGUGGAUCUCGUCCAGCCAGGUCGUUCCUGACGCGUUACGCGUUGCCUUGAUGGAAAACAGCGCCGCGAUUCAAGAAAUGAGCGCGGAGGUCCAACUUUUGGAAGCCACGCAGACAACGGAUGUUGACGCGGGGGUGCUUGUACUGGCCACCACGAAACAGAGUCAAGCGACAGUGGACGUGACUAUCGUGGAAGCACAGCACCUCGCGAAACGAUCGAAUCGAUCGCUGAUCGACCCGCUCGUGCGCGUGCGGGUGCAUGGCGAAGACGGCGGCGGCGUGGGUCCGCCGCUUGCGACCGAGCCUCGAAUGGACGACGAGAACCCGAUUUGGGACCACCGCAUGACGUUCCACCACGUGCCAUCCAUUCGUUGCGAGCUUCAUGUUCAAAUCAUCGACACGGCCAUGGCAAAGGGGGGCACGCACCACCACCACCAGCCUGAGCUUGCCGGCGAGAUCCGCCUUCCCCUGCGAAAGUACAUCGAUCAGAAGGAUCACGACGAAUGGCACGUUGUGCCCCAAACGCUCAAGCAGGCGCUCGUCGAAGCCAAGAGCCGAGAGGUGCCUGCUAGAUUACAUCUUGUCAUUCGGUUCACGCACGCCAAGACGUUGGUCUUGACGCGGGAGCUCGCGCGGGCCGCCAAGCUCCGGCAGGACCUUCUUGCUCAGCGACGAGCGUUCGUUCAAAAACAAAUCGCGCGGGUGUUGGCGGUUCUCGAUACCAAGCCUCAUUCCACGACCAAAACCAACCCGUAACACAACCCGUAACACUCGAACGGACGUGCGAUCGCCAUGGAUUACGCUGGAGGGUGAAGUAGACUACUCGACGUGGGGCCCGAUGGAUGGUACAGCGCGU